AUGUCUUUCAAGGUGCUCGAUAUAUGCAAGCACCCGAUCGAGCAAGGAUUCGAGCACGAGUCUUGCGACCUGGUGCUUGCGGCCAACGUUCUUCGUGACACUCCAAGUCUAAGGCAAACUCUCGUCCACGUCCGCAAACUUCUAAACUCCGAAGGGAGGCAGUAUAUGGAAGAAUUGUCAUAUGAUGCCUUGCCACUCAGCUUCGUCAGGGUGCGUGUCCUCCCAGGUUGUUGGCUUGGAGCUGAGGACCAGAGACCAGACCAGCCACACCUUUCGCCCGACCGUCAGGACGUAGAAGUCAGAAACGCUGGUUAA